CACCAGUUGCCACCUCAACCACAACAGCACCCGCAUACACACACAAAGCCAGCAAACGGAGGAUCUGGUUCAGCGAGAGGACGAGACAGAGACAAAGGCAAGGACAGAGACAGAGAAGCAGCUACUGAUGGCAACCACAUCAAUGGCCACCAUAACCGAACAUUGCUGGCAAAGCAUUAUCCAAUAAACUUUAUCAACAGCAACUUCAACAGCAUCAACCUCAACUUAACUCGGCCAUUUCAGCAGCAUUAGUCUAUAUGACAGCCGAUCCCAUCUCCUUAUGUUUUUGGAUAUGUCUUCAGCCUGAACGCUAUGUACCUGGUUCGCCCAUCUUUCGCGAUAGCAGCCCAGCACCCAAUGCCACGCCCCCAGCACCUAUAACAGUUCCGCCCUCAGCAGCGGCAGCGACGACGACAGCGACGAACGCUUCUCCAACCUCCAGGAGUCGUGGUCAAGCCAUGACAAUUUCCGUUUCACAUGCAGCACACGGCAAUGCAACGACUUCCAACAGCACCAACAAAAACAUCAACAACAACAGCAGCCACAUCAAAUCCAAGCAGCUGCCCACCUGCUACAUGAGCACACGUUCCGCGGCGAUGAUGGCACUUGCACUUGGCCAACAGUCCAACAGCGAGAAGGCAUCAUCCGCUUCCACUUCCAGCUCAAAUGCCUCGCCACGCACUCACAAUAGAUCUGUAUCUUCAGCACGACCUGUUAACCGAGCCACGCCCACGCCCACAACUACGCCCACGUCCACGGCAAACACUUCUAAGCCAGCCACGCCCACGUCCAAAACUACGUCCACUGCGAAGCCAACCACUCCGACAGCCGCCCGAGCUGCUGUCCAACUCAACGGCAUGGGAAUCCUCUCGGGCGGCAGCAAUUCGAGUGGCUCGGACAACGAUGGAUUCAGCACUUCCGGUUCCUCGACGGCAACUGCUCUGCGUCGUCUGUACUUUAAGAGUGGUCGCAGCAUCAAGAACAAGAUCAAUUCAUCCACAUCGGCCGCACCACUCAACAGUUUGCCUAUGAAUCCUGUUUCCAGCGCCUAUCACAACUCGGUGAGUGGUGCGACCGCAAUGCAUUCCAUGGGAGUCGGAGGAGUUCCAAAGCUCGUUGUGAUGGGCGCCUCUUCGGCUUCCAUUCCGGACACGAAUAUCAACACAUCCACGGAUUCAGCCUGCACACUCAUCACGAACGUGACGCACACCGACACAUCGGAGACCUGCGAUUCCCUCGACCUGGGCGAUAAUUCUUGCCCCAGCGAACCUCUCUUCAGUUCGCUGGAGGAGCCGCUGCUCACGGCCAUACAAAUCGAUUCGGAGCACGAGGCGGGGGGCACUGAGAUGGAACUAACGAGCUGCUCGCGUUAUCCCCCGCGACACGACAUGAAUCUGCAGGACAGCACUGAGAGCCAGGAGUCCUGUCUGUCCAUUUUGACGGGUGAGCCGUCAUCCACAACACCGCUAUUGUCGUCACGGCAGCCCAGCACGGCGCCACCGCCCACUCGAGGACGUGAGCACUUCACCUUCGAUCCGCCGCAGUCGCCGAAAUCAGCUCGGAGCAGUGAGAAGUCACGCAGUCACUUUACCUUUAAAGAGGACCCACAACAGGCUCAAGGACGUCGGGCAAGCAGUGCCCACUACAAUGGGGGGCAUGGUGGUAGCGAUAGGGAGGAGGAGCAGAACGAGGAGCGUUUGCCGGGUAGUCGCAACAAGAAACUACGUCCCAGGGAACGGGACACCAUAAAUGUCAACGGCUCACGCAAUCGCAUCUCGCCCAGCGUUUCGCCCUCGUCCAGCAAUCGCACAAGUCCCAAGCGGGAACGGAAACGGACCACGCCCUCUGCCUCGACGGGUGCCAUAGCCAAGAUCAACUCGGCACCGCCCACCAUGAAGGAGGGCAACUUUUUUGGCAGCAGUCAAAACCAGAAGCAACGUCAAUCCCAACAACAACAGCAACAGUUGUCUCCCUCCUCCUCCUCGCAGCGUAAGUAUUCCUCGAGCUCCUCCAGCGGCAGCAGCGAACGUUGUCUGAGGGAUGUGACCACUGCCGGCACCAUGUUCCCCUUUGAUCGCGAGGCCCUGGACUAUGAGCGCAUCCAGCGGGAAUGCUUUGCACCCAGUUCGGCACCGGGCAGCACCAGUUCCGACUCGGAUGAGGCGGAGCAUUGUUCCGUCUAUGAGCGCAAGUUGAGUGCGGACAUCUUUCAGCAAUAUUCACGUCUCACGCAGCAGGAGCAACAGCAUCAAAUGAACCUUGAGAGGGACAGGCCGCCAUCUCGGAAGAACUCCAAGAGGAUUCGACCCGAUUCCGUGAUACACACUACGAUACGAGAGAAUCAACAAUAUAUACCACAGUCGGAUGCCUUCUAUCCGCAAGCCAAGUCUUCCUCCUCGCCCAGUGAUCAUUCCUAUGCCGAGCUGAAUAAAUUCGAGGACAUUGCCAGCAAGUUUGAACAGAUUCCACCCAAACAUGGCUCCAACUCCACGCUGAACUUGCAGCUGCUGCAUAUGCAUAGUCCCGGCAGUGAUUCCCUGGCAUCCACAUCGCUCAGUCCCACAGAUGCCACACGUAAACGCUCCUUUAAAAGCAAAUCAAAGGCCAAGGCACAACAACAGCUGGAGGAGGCACUGUCGGGUUCCAGCUCCAUUAAUGUGACAGCCAAUCCCCUGGAGGCAGCUGCCGUCUGCAAACAGCCGCGUGCCACCAUCGUUGUCCAACAACCCUCUCUCAGCAUGGACAACACGGUUGAAACGUUGCUCAUCAAAAAUGAAGGUGAUUUCAUCAGUGUGGAGCAGGGAAAGGAGUUGAAUGCACGCAAGCGACACUCACAGCAGCUGGCACAUCCGCCACAUGCCGCUCAACUGCAUCAUCAUCAUCAUCACCAGGUACAACAUCAGCAACAGCAACAACAACAACAUCAACAACAUCAACAACAGCAGCAGCAACAACACAAACGGGAUGAAAAUAUGCGACAAUUGUUGGAUGUAACCAAUACUCUUACCAUCGAGGAGCUGCGUGACUUUGAAAUGCGCUACGGGUCACCACAUCACAGCCGCUCGCAGUCGGUUAAGAUGCCCGGCAGUCGUGCCUCCGGGCGCCCCAAUCAACUCUGUCUGCCCCAGCAAAGAUCCCGUGUGGCUUCCAUGCCCAACACUGGCGUCGAGGAGGAAUACUACAGACUGCGACACUUUUCCAUUACGGGCAAAGGCGUCGUCAAUCGCGGUGAUUCACUCAAGAGUCGACGCAGUCGAUCCAACAACAGCGUUGCCAGCUCCAACUCCAGCACCGAGCACUUGACAGCAGCCCAACAACAACAGCAGCAGCAGCAGCAACAACUACAACAACAACUGCAACAUGGACAACAACAACUCCCUGCACCCACCUCAACCUCUGCACGCACCUCGCUCGCCUCCAGUCGGGAGAGCAGCACCUCAAAUCCGGGCAAUGGACCCUAUAGAGUUUUGAUGCUUGGCGGUCCGGCAGUGGGAAAAAGUUCGCUGGUCUCGCAGUUCAUGACCUCAGAGUACUUGCAUGCAUAUGACACGAGUAUUGAUGAUGAAUCUGGCGAAAAGGCCGUAUCAGUAUUACUCAGCGGUGAGGAAUCGGAGCUGAUAUUCAUAGAUCAUGGAUACACUGAUAUGACGCCGGAUGAAUGCUUGACCAACUAUGAUCCACAUGGUUACUGCGUCAUCUAUUCUGCCGCCGACCGCAGCAGCUUUAGCAUUGCCGAGCAGGUGCUUCAGGUGUUAUGGACCAAUCAGAACAUCGCACAGAAAGCCGUUAUACUGGUAUCCAACAAAGCGGACCUGGCCAGGAGUCGACUCGUUACGUCCGAAGAGGGCAAGGCCAUGGCCACAGCAUAUGAUUGCAAAUUCAUAGAGACAUCGGUGGGCAUUAAUCACAAUGUGGAUGAGCUGCUCGUCGGUCUUUUAUCUCAGAUACGCCUAAAGCUCGAGAAUCCCGAGAAAUCCAGAGAUCUAUUUCGCAAGCGUUCCAUUCGCAAGUCCAAGCGUCGAGCCUGCUCCCCCCUCAGCGCCGGCUGCCUCAAUGCCAAUACACCUCUGGGUCCGCUCGGCACAGCGCUGGGCGAUGGGGCAGGUACACCGCCAGGCAGCGCACACAGCAGUCCACGUAAAUAUCGCGGAUCUCGCACCUCCACUAGCUUGAAGGUCAAGGGGCUGCUGGGACGUGUCUGGACGCGAGAUUCCAAGUCCAAAAGCUGCGAGAAUCUGCACGUGCUCUAAAGAGUUCCUCUUAAACUCAAACACAACGACUGAGCAUGGGCAAAAAUAAAACAAAAAUACGAGGGAAAAUGGGGAAUGGAAUUGGGGAGGUACAUUUUAGUUUAUUAUCCAUUUAGCUUUUUGGUUAUCCCAAAAUUCGGUGCAUAGAAAGAAAAUCCCAAGGAUUAUUUUCAAAUAUGAUAAAAUGAAGAGCUCCCUAAAAUGAUUUGCCUAAGUUUUGAAACGUACAAGCUACAAAUAGACUCAUAACUCAUACUUGUAUUACGAAUACUGUAUUGUACAUAUAUGUAUCUUUAUUU